AAUUUGUAGAAAAUUAUCAAUAAUUAGUUGAAAAAAGAAUAAAUUGAAAAUUUAAAGUUCGGACAGAUUAUUUCGAUGGGUCAUCCCAUCCUACCGAAAGUUACAAUAGAAGAUUUCACUCUGUCUAGGUGGUAACUUCCAGGUAGGGAGGAGCCUGUCGUCAGAAACCCCGGACCUGACCAGUAUGGACUCCGGGAGUAUUUCAUGUGAAAAGACUGUGAUGAACCACAUAGGUGGCAAUGACAUUCCAGGGCCUGAAUCGCGGAUAUGACCUCUGCAUCGUUGGUAGGAGGGGAGCCGGGCGGUGGGGAGUCAUGCACGGGACAGGAGAGCGGGAGGCGUUGAGGAGGAAGGCGUCCACGCCGGUCAACUUCAGGUUCUUCGAGGACACCGACACCGAAGAGAAGAUCACCAUAUCGUCGGCCUUGGACCGUGGCCACCUCACCAGGAACAAAAGCAGGAGCAGCAACAGAGGUGCAACAAGAAAGCUCAGGAGAAGAGCAGUCUUAAAGAAUGGAGACUGCAAUGUUACUCAGGUUCACAUUUCUAAAAGAAGAAGGAGAUAUCUUCAGGAUAUUUUCACUACACUUGUUGACAUUCAGUGGAGGUGGACUCUUCUUGUUUUUGCCUUAAGUUUUCUUCUCUCAUGGCUAGUAUUUGCUGCGAUAUGGUGGUUGAUAUCUUAUACCCAUGGAGACCUGGACCCUCAUGAUGAUACCUGGACCCCUUGCGUGGACAACAUCAAUUCUUUUACUUCCUGCUUUCUGUUCAGUGUUGAGAACCAGCAUACUAUUGGAUUUGGAGGACGUGCAACUACAGAAGAAUGUCCUGAAGCAAUAUUUGUUAUGUGUCUUCAGAGUAUAACUGGUGUCUUUAUACAGGCUUUCAUGGUGGGUAUUGUGUUUGCUAAAAUGGCACGGCCUAAGCAAAGAACUCAAACACUGUUGUUUUCAAGAAAUGCUGUUAUUGCAAUGAGAGAUGGUCUAUUAUGUUUGAUGUUUCGAGUUGGUGAUAUGAGAGAAAAAUCCCAUUUGAUUGGAUCAUCUGUUAGAGCUCAGCUUGUUCGACCCCAUACCACUAAAGAGGGAGAAGUUUUGUCUCCUUUUCUCUAUGACCUAAAGGUUAAGGCAGAUAACUAUGAUUCUGAUGUUUUCCUUAUCUGGCCUACUGUUAUCGUGCAUGAGAUUGAUUCCUCAAGCCCUCUUUAUGAACUGGGUGCUGCAGACAUGAUUAAUGAGAGAUUUGAGAUUUUAGUUAUAUUGGAGGGUACAACAGAAAGUACUGGACAGACAACGCAGGCAAGGACAUCAUAUGUUGCUUCUGAAAUACUCUGGGGACAUAGAUUUCAGCCACUGGUUGCCUUCAAUAGGGCAAAGGGGACAUACCAGGUGAACUUUGGCCUCUUUCACAAUACAUAUCAAGUGGACACUCCAUUGUGCAGUGCCAGGAAUCUCGAAACAUUCUUGGAAGGGACCGACAUUGAAUUGUGACAGGACCGCCCGCUCCCAGCCAUCGGAGCGCAGACUUGGAUCCAGUUAACCGACUUUUCGAUUUCUGUUUGAAUUAGGAAAUAGUAAAGUUGGUAGAGGUUUAGGGUUUUACCAUUCCUUAGUAGAUCAUAGAAGCAUGAAGACCUGUAGAAAAUAUAUACCAAUAUAAAACUACUUUUUUUUAAUACACUUUUCAAGGAGUACAAAUUUAUUUAUUGAUCAAUUAUAUUGUUGAUUUAAUUACAAAUGAUUUUUUCAAGAAUUUAAUCUGUGCCUUGGAACAAAAAGGACGUAAGUCUAAAAUUUUGAAAUUUAAGUGAACUGCAUAAAAGAAAUUAGGGCAGGGUACAAAUAAAUGUAAUAUAUUUAAAAUUCAAAAUUUUGGAGAUUGGAUCAUUUUGUUCCAAGUUAUAGAAAUCAGUUUUCAAUUAAAAUUAUCAAAAUUUUACUCAUUAUUUGUUUCAAUUUUAAAAAAAAUAUUUUAUUCCAUUUUUUUCUUUUUUGAAGUACUUCUCAGGUUGGAAAAUCAAAAAGAUAUUAUUUAGAAUGUAAAUAAUAUUUAGUUUUUCAUAAGCUAAUUGUACUUUUUAAUGCCAUAUUCAUCAUGCAAUGCUGGAAUCAGUGAGAUUACUUUACAAGUAUUUUAUUUUAAUUUGACACACCUAUAAAAAUUAAUAAUUAUAUUUUUAUACUUUAAUUGGUAUUAUAGCUUCAUUUUCACAGCUAUUGUCUUUAAAUUAAUUGGUAUAAAAGUAUUGAAGUUGUAUGAAAUAAUUUAUUUUCCUAAUUUCUUUCAUUUCAAAGCAGACUACAGAAUUAAUAAUUAACAGUAAUUAGAAAUCAAGUUAAUGAAAUAUUUAACUUACAACAUGUUUGUAAUUUUAUUUUUGCUUAAACUAUAUGCAUUAAUAUAGGCUGUCUCAUCAUGCUUCUAUAAUCUAUGAUUUAAUUACCACAUUCGCAUAAGAGGCAAAUUAAAAUAAAAUAAUUAUCAUUAAUUAUUCUUCCAUUGUAAAAUGAAAUUAGUAACUUUAGAGCAUAGGUAAGAUGUAAUAAUUAAUGUUUGUAAAUAUUUGUAAUUUGUAUUAUGAAACGUUGAUAUUUUAAAAAUUGCUGAAUUUCCAUAGGCUAAAAUAAAAUUGUUUGAAACUGUAUAGUUAAUUAAAACAUCAAUAAUUUAUUAUAGUUUUUAAAAAAAUAGUGUUUAGAUGAAAUGUUGAGCUUAAUUUUAUUAUUAUAUAACUAGAUAAAAUUAUUUUAUCUGAUUGAUUGUUGUACUAGUUUGUACAUAUAUGUAUGUACAUGUAAGUAUAUGUAUACAUGAGUGUGUAUAAAAAAAAAUUAUUUGUCAUUUUUUUUAAAUGAUAAAAAAAAUGGAAGGCUGUAUUUGACUAUGUUUAUAACAAUUUUUGAAGACAUGUUUUUUGUGAUGUAAACUUUAUUUUCAAAUUUUUAAAAAUUUGGAUGUUUCAAUUACCUAUUGGCUUUUGAAUAUACAUAUAUUUUAAUAUGUGAUUAAUUAAUCUGUGUAAUUUUUAUAUCAAAUUGUAUAUAAGAGGAUGAAUGUUAAUAUUAAUAUAGUGUAUGGCACCUGCUCUUUAGAGGUGAAGCUCAAGUGCAAGACAAAAGCAUAGUAAUUACAUAUAUAUUUAUAUAUUUUACAUAACCCCAUAAUUUACCCAGAGAGGCCAUAAUUCUAAAUAUUUAUUUUUUUUUAAUCCAUGCACAAAAUUUGAAAUUAAAUUAAAGAAUCAAUAUAAAUAUGUAUUAAACAUUUAAAAUAAAUUAAAUAUUUAAUAACAAUAAAAGUGAAGAUAAUUUGGAGCAUUAUUCGAGAGAUUGUGAUAAAAAUUAUUCUUCUUAAACUAAAAGUGUUUAAUGGAGAAAUAUAUAUUAUAAGAAUGAAAUAAUUAUGUAGGAAUUAAAAAAAAAAAUCGUGAUAAUAUUUGUCAUUUCAUUAAGGUAGUUGAAAUUUUAAAAAUUGUAGCAUAUUUAAAAAAUGCAUUGCAAGCUAUUGAAUUGUAAAUUUAUUGAUGGGUCGUUCAAUUUGAAAUCACCUAAAACCUUGGCAUCGAUAUUCUUGAUUUUCAUGAGUUUUGGUAUGUUAGUUAUAACAACUAAACACAUUAACCUAUUUUUUAAAUAUCUUUUACCUGAGUCUUUUUUUUUUUUAAUAUUGAUGCAAGUUUUUACUAUAAUGGAUUCUGAAUUUAAUUUUAGAGCUAAACUUUUUAUUUAACAAUGGAGAUUACAGGAAAAAUAAUGCUUUUUGGGAUAAAAUGUUUAUAUUUUUUCUUGAUACGUGUUUACAUUUAGUAACUGAAAUACCAGUGCUAUAAUUUAAAAAUAAAACAAUUUUUGUAAGUAUUUGGCUCUGAUAACUCAUAGAAACAAUUAAAAAAUCAUUGAAAAACAAUUUUUUUUGAGGGGGCAGGAGGAGGAUUCACCUCGAAAGCCUUCCUUUAAAUUGUUGGUGAGUUUGUUACAAUUUAGUAUUUGUUAAAAUAUCAACUUGAAGAAAAAUAAUUGCAAUAAAAUCCUCAUAUAAAUUAUAAAACGUUUUAACAAGAUAAUUGUUUCAUAUUAUUUUACCUAUUUAUCCUAUAACAAGAGAUGAAUAAACAAAAUUUAAAGUGAAAAUUAGGUCACUCUUUCUCUUUCUUUUUAUAUAAUGAAUCAUAUAGCACUAACUUAGUGUCGGAAAACAAUAUGAAAAUGUAAUAAGCUUUAAUCUGAACUAUGAAACAUCUCUCUAGCACUUGUUUGUAAACCUAUGAGUCUUUUUAUGAUACAAAACUUGGUGAGAUUUGACUAUUUCUUACAUUUUUAAAGAUUUAUACUAAAUGAAAUAUUCAAGAAAAAAUGUUUUAAAAAAUGGAUUUAUAAUGUAUUUAGCUGUUAUAAUACCAACACCCAAAAUAAUGAAAAUCGGAAUUAUGCAGGUUAAAAUUUAUUUUUCAUUGGGAGAUUUAACAUGUAAUGACCUUGAAGAAUAUUGUGUCUGAAAUAUUUAUGUAAUAAUUGUGAUGUAAAUAUUUUUUAUAAUCGGUAGAUUGAAGCUUGUGUUUUAAACAUAAUAAAAUAUAUGAAUUUAACUAUGGAUCGUUGAUAGAAACUCAUCUGUAAUAUUUUGAACAUUAAUGUUAGACUUUAUGGGAAGUUAUAAUUUUUUAAAUCAAAGAAGUAUUAUCAUUGUGAUAAUCAUUUAUUUGUUAUUGUUUAAUUACAAAUGUUUAUAAUAGGCAAGCAUUUAAUGCAGCCUUAAAUAUUGUUUCAUUUUAUAUUGUAAUAAUGUUUAUAUGCAGUUCAUUGACCAUUGUAAAUUAUUUAAAACUAAUGUUUAUAUUAAAUAUUUAAAGCUCAUUCUAACAUUUAUUUCCAAAUUAACAAACCCUGGUAUAAAAUACUUUUGAGAUUACUGUUUUUUUGUUUGUUUUUUUAUGGUUGUUAUAAAAAAGUUAUAUAUGAAAAAAGUAAUAAAUCAUGAAUAUUUUUCAAAGAAUGUAUUGUAAUUAAUUGUCUGUUACAGUGAUAAAGGUAGAUUAAUAAAAUAUAUAAAUGUAUACAUGUAUACACAGUGCUGGCACAACAGGACAAUUGCCUCGAGGCGCUGAUCUGGAAGGGCACGUGCCAGAGGCACUGAUCAUCACGGUUGUUCGCCAUUUGUUCCAAAUUAGAAUAAUAUAUACAAAACUUAUUAAAAUAAUUAGUUUCAGCCGAUUAAUAAAGGAACUGCAUUUGAGAAACAUUGAAUGAAAUAAAAUUUAAAUACUCCAUAAUAUAAAACAGCUUAAGAUAUAAAUAAAUAUUUUAGGGAGAUGAAGAUGAAUUCAUCCUAACAUGAAUUACAUAUGCUUCAACAAGUUAGGAACAAAAGAUUAUAAACAUUCAACAAAUUGGUUAAAUUUAUUUAUAUAUAUAUAUUUUCAGUUAACACAAUUAUUUAAAUCAGAGAUAAUCUAGUCUUAAGAUAAUAUUACUUACAAAAAUACUUAAAGAAAGUUUAUUUUGUAGCUGGAAACACAACUCACCCAAGAAAAAUAGUCAAUAUUCACUUGUAAAUAUAGAAAUAAAUAUGGAAUAGUGUAAUUUUAAAAUGAUUUUAGUCUAGUUCAGAUUGUUUAUGAGGAUGGAAGUUAAAAAUUUUGAAAUAAAAAUACUAGUUAAUAAAACCAUUUCUUAACACAAAUUAUUAUUUUUUUUUAUAAAACGGAAAUAAAUCUUCAUAAUAGAAUGAUAAAUCAUUAUUUGAAAUUGCUGUAAGGACU